ACUUGACCUUUGGCAGCCAUGACAUGCCACGGAGACGAUCCGUGGGAGCAGAUUCCUAUGAAAAAUGUAAUCAACUUGAAGAGGAAAUCUCCAGAAUGAGAGAUAUGAAUAAUCUAUUAUCAGAAAGGCUGAGUAAGGCUGAUGCUGAGUUGAGAGCUCGCCCAGAACACGAUACGUCUCUACGACUGAAUCUGUCUUCACUGUCAACCGAGAAUACCAAUAAAGUCUGUGAUAAAUGUCCUGAUUUAGAAGAACAAAUCACAAAACUUAGAAAUAUGAUUAGAUUACAGAAUUCCAAAGUUGAGACAUUGGAGAAACAGAAUGAUGAGUUGAGAUACGCAGCACCAGUUGGAAAAGUUAUACCGCAGGUUGAAUAUGACAGGAUGGUCAAAGAAAGAGACAGAAUCCGAGAAGAUUAUGAGAGCGUUAAAAAUGACUAUGACGAGCUGGAAUCUCGACAUAGAAGAUAUUUAACCGAUCAUAUUACAAGAACGUUAGAUAAUCCAAGAUCACCUUCCAAAACAUCAGAUUCAAUAGAUGGUAAAAGUGUGGAAUAUGAACAGCUAAAGCGAUGUAAUGAAGACUUAGAAAAAAGAAUUGAUCUCUUCCAAAGUCAGUCCAGCUUGGCGGAAAAUACAAAGAAACGUACAGAAGAGAAAAUACAAAAACUAGAAGCUGAAGUGCAUGAAUUGAAGGUGGCUUUAGCAACUAAAAAUCAGGAGAGAGUGAAGUCAGGUAAGUUACCUAUUGUUAUAUGGACUGGGGAGGAAGAUGCUAAUGAUGACGAAAUUAUCCAAGCUGUAAUGAAAGAGAUGGAUGAUGGAGAGGAGGAAAGUUGGGAUGAUGAUCAUGAUGAGAGUGAUAGUGAUGGUGUUGACGAUGAUAAUACUGAGUUGGUUGAUUUCAAGUCUGAUCCAACAGACUCUACUGAUAUUACCCCAGCAAGCCAACCUGUUGCUAUAGUUUCAGAUGCUAAAACGCAUGCUAGUUUGGCAUCAGAAAUUGAACAAAAAAAUCUCAUAAUUGAGAAAAUACAGCGUGAAAUGCAAGAUAAACUGGAAGAGAAAAAUCAGAUUAUCCAACGUAUAGAGACUGAAAAAGACAAUAGACUGAGCGAACAAACCUCAGAGAUUGCUAAGCUGAAAAAACAAAGGGAUGAACUUAUACACGAAAGGAAAAGACUAGAGAAAUUGAAACGGGAAUUAGGGAUGAAAAUUGAUGAACAAAAUGCAAAAAUUGAAAAGUUACAAGAAAACAAUCCGCAAUAUGAUCAGCAUGAACUUAGCAUGAGGAUUGACGAACUACAGAACGAACUUUUAAAUGUUUUUCAGUCUUCCAAAACCACUCAGGAAAAGAAUGAAAUAACGAUUCAACAUUUACAUAAACAAUUGCAAGAGAAACAGGACGAAAUUCAACAACUUGAGGAUUUCCUCACAGAGAAAGAGGACGAAUUUGAAACUCUGAAACAAAAGAAGAUGUUUGGCUCCGAAGGGAUGGAAAAAGAAAUGGGAAAGAAAAUGGAAUUUUUGAAAAAGUCAAAAGAGCGACAAGAAGCAAUAGUCAAGGACUUAAAAGAGGAGUUAUCACGGAAAAAUGAACAGAUGAAGUGGUGGAAAGAGAAACACGAUCAUGAACUUCAGAAACUUCGACAAGACUCUGAAGAGAAGGAGAAUAUUAUAAAGAAAUUAGAAUCUGAGAUAGCCCAGUAUAAAAAUGAUAUCGAGAAAAAAAAGAACCAAAUAACAAGUUUACAGGAAGAGCUUGAAGAUGAAAAAAUGAGUAAAAUGACCCCAAGAAAUAAAGAAAUUACGCAAGACGACUUGAUUUCAGAAAAAGAUGAAAGUGUGAGAAAAUAUGAUGAGGAGUUAGAACAGAAAACAAACAAAAUCAAGAUGCUCGAAAAUAAAGUUGACGCACAGAAGAACGAGAUAAUAAUAUUGCAGGAAAUGACAUCUGCCAUGGAAGAUAAAAAGCAAAAGAAUGGGGCCACAAAGUGUGCAAAGUGUCAGGAGAAAGAUAAGACAAUCCAGACUCUAACUCAGGAAGUGAAGCGGUAAGUAGAAUG